AUGGGUUAACAAUUGAUUGAAUAUUUCCCUCUAAAUACUUUAAUGCUUAUUAAUGGUUCAUUCCCUAUGCCUGUAAUGAUCACAAAGAAGCUAUUCAAUGCACAUCAUGAAAAGACUACUCCAACAAUCUAGUUGAAAAAGAAAAUAAGAAAAUUUUAUCAUAAGAGACAUUUUUUGUUUAAAAAAUUUGAUGAAGGCAUAAUAUUAGAUGAAGAAUCAUGGUAUUCUGUUGUACCUGAAGAAGUUGCUUCUUAUGUUGCUGAACGAUUACAUAAAAGAAUUAUAGAUCAAAAACUUCCAAUAAAUAAAGUUAUUGAUGGAUUCUGUGGAUCAGGUGGUUUAGCCAUCUAAUUAGCUUCUAAAUUUAAUAAUUUACUUUGUAUAGAUCUAGAUCCUGUUAAAUUAGAAAAUUUAAAAACUAAUGCAUUAAUUUAUCAAAGGACAAUUGAGACUCAAUUAAAUAAUUUUUUAUUGGUUGAAUAUGAAUAUGAUGAAAACACUAUUUUAACAUUAUGUCCACCAUGGUAUAUAUAUAUAUAUAUCAAUUAAUAGGGGUGGAUUGAAUUAUCAUAAAAAAGAGGUUUAUGAUCUAGAAACAGAUAUGAGUCCUUGUUUAUCUGAUAUUUUAAAAAAAGCCUUUUCUAUUAGUUGUAAUAUUGUACUUUAAUUACCUAAAAAUGUUUCAAUCUCUUAAUUAACUACUAUAAUUCAAUAAUAAUCUUAAUAAUUAAAUUUUAAACGAUAUUCUAUUGAAAUAGAAAUGAUUUAUAUUAAUAAUUAAUUAAGUUAAUUGUUUGUGUAUUUUGGAUAGAUUGUUAAAUGCAAUUAUGAUGCUGAAAUAGAUUGCAUUCUAAAAUCACAAACACAUUUAGAUAGAAAAACAAUUAAAGAAUAAGGUUUAAUACAAACAUUAUAAAAAUUAGAAAUCAAUGAUUAAGUUAAUUUAUUAAAAUAAUGAAAUAAAAAAUUGAUCGAUCACGAAUUCCUAACUCAUCCUAAGACAUCCUUAUUGUUCCUGUUUAUGCUGAUAAAUUAGGUUUCUCUUUACCUGCCAAAUUACCUUAUAUGCCUGUAUCUGAAGAUUCUAUUGCUGAAACUGUAUUUUAAGCCAAUCGCAUUUGUUAAAAAAUUAGAUGUGAAAAAAGUAGAAUUGAAGAAAGUGAUCCAUUAGAAACUGAAAAAUUUUAUGGUAUCUCUUUAUUUUCAUCUAUUAUGUAGUUACUUCAUCAUGGGUAUUAUUUAUUGUAGGAGUCAUCUUAUUUGUAUUAGGAUUCUCAUAUGAAGAUUUAAAAUCAACAUUAACAUUGUUAGGUACCAUCUUUAUUGUUUUACCUACACUUAUAUCCAUUAUUGUAGUUAUUAUUAGCAUAACUAAAUCUCCUAAAUUGAUUGAUCUUGAAUAAGAAUGUACUAAAAAAUUGGGAGAAUUCUUUGAAGUUUAAAAUUAAUAAUAUAGAAAAAAGGGAUUGUAAUGGUCAAUAGGAGAUGAAAUGUUAUGGAUUUAGUUGGAAAAAAUAUGA